CGCAGGCAAAAACUCAACGCCUCCACGGCUCGCCUUUCCACACCUUGCAACCGUUCCCUGUUCUUGCUAUUCCAACCACUACUUGGAUCGAUCCAUCAACGGAUCGUACCACGAUUCGAUUCGCCCUGCGCGAAACCCAUCACCUUUCGCAACCGGCAUUUCCUCGAUAUUUUCCCCGUUUGUUCCACUCCGCCCGUUGUUCUGUGGUCUGCCGUCGGCAAACGCGAGUCGGUCGCCAAUCUCUGAAUCCACCACCGCUUUUCACACACACACACACCACACACAUCUCAGCAAUGUCUGAGGUACAGUCCAGACCAGCUGCCUCGCGCGGCAGAGGCUCCGGUCGAGGCGGUCGAGGCGGUUUUGCGUCCCGGGGAGGGGGCCGCGCCGGCGCCCGACCUGCUGCCGCCAAUGGCGAAUCGAAACCUGACACAGAUUCCUCGCUGCCCACAUUUGAGGACGAGGGCGACGUCGGCCGAUUGAAGCAACAGUAUGGCAGCAAAGUUGCAGUCAUUAAAGAAAUGUUCCCCGACUGGUCUGAAGUCGACAUCCUCUAUGCCUUGCAAGAGACCGAUGGCGACGAAGACCUGACGGUCACCCGCAUCUUUGACGGGACCAUCUCACAAUGGGGUGAGGUCUCCAAGCAGAAGAAGGAUCGCACGCGUCCUAAGGCAAAGGUCGAUACCUUCACUACUACUACCGGCGACUCCGUUCCUGCGGGCGGCUCCCGAAACGCUCGAGGCGGCCGUGGUGCCGACCCCGGUCGUGGCCGUGGAAGAGCCACCGAUCGUGGUGGUCGCGGCGGUGCGCGCGGCAAGUCGACCCUUGCCACAAGCAACGGUACUCGAACCAAGGACGCUCAACCCCUCUCAAUCCCGACCGAGGAAGUAUCCGAAUGGAACACCAAGCCAGCUGAAGAGUCGGGCGGCUGGGGCGAACCUACUGAGACUGAGACGACGCCUGCCACGACAGCCACUGCUCCUACCACUGCACCCGCGGCUCCGAAACCCGCCACAAUUCCCGAAGGCACAAAGACCACUUGGGCGAGCAUGUUGAAACGGUCAACGGUCCCGAAGCCGGCACCGAAGCCGAAGGAGACCCCCAAGGGCCCCGAACCUGCCAUUGAACUUCUUCCCCCUGCCGAGCGGGCCGAGCCUGAGCCCGAAGCUCCCGCGCCUGCUGAGGAGCCUGCUCCCGGGCCGGAGAAUGAGACAGCUCCCGCCCCAGUCGUCGAAUCCGUUGCCCCCGCGGUGCCCGUUAUUCCGGCCGUGCCCGCGAUUCCUGCUGUCGUCGUUCCUGAGGUUGCAUUGCCGCCCUCAAAGGAUCAACUUACCGAAAAGAAUCUUGACCAGGUCAAGGACGACUCUCACCCUCCUGAGACGGAAACUGCUGCCAGCGAAGCUGCUGACUCCUGGGAUCCCCGUGGCCCGGCGGCUAGCGCGACAGCCACCCCUCUCUCUGCUUCGCACCAGCAACACCAAGGCUCUCGAGCGGCCGCUGCGGCCAAGGCAUCAGCUCGCACGCCUAUCCACCAUCCUCGGCGCAUGCUUGAUCAACUUGAAGCUGUCCGCAUGCCCGGUAACCGAGAUCAAAUUGACCGCGCUGCGGUUCAGUUCGGUGCUUUCAGCCUGAACGGCCCCAUCGAUGACGAUGUCGACGGCGAUCGCGAAGAACCCCAGACCCGCCCCCAACCUCCCGAAGACUCCCCGGUUGCCCACCCCCGGACGUCUCUUCCUCCUGCCCAACCCACGCCCGUUCCCGAUGCCUUCCCGGCCCAGAAGCAGGCCGCUGCUCAGAUCCCCACAGGACCUGCUGCCGUUACUCCUUCCGCACCUCAGGGGAACACCCCUUCUGCCCCGCAGGGUAUGUCCUAUGCUUCCCUUCCCGCUGCAUAUCUUGCCGAUCAUCGCCUAAUCCUCCCGCCUGCAGCCACAGUACAGCCGCCUGCCGCGCAGAGCAAUCAGCAAUUCGGCCGGUUCGGCCAGCCGGCAGCGCAAGACUCCUCCUCAUUCCCUACGACGAAGCCCUUCGAGCCAUUUGGUCAGCAACCUGCCAUCGCUUCGGCCGCCCAGAGUCAAUUCGAGGGCGGUUUCCAGGCCCAGGGGCAAGCGGCUCAACCGCCUAGUCAGCAGCAGCCUGGCGGGCCCUUUAGCUCUGCCCCCGGCGAAUUCUCGUCGUAUUACACGGCCGAUCAUCAGAACCGCUUCAACAACUACUACAAUCAGAACUUCGGCCAGCAGCAGGGCUCGCAGGGUCAGCAAGAUGUCCUUCCCUCGCAGCCCCAGCGUUCCUUCAGCGGGUACAGUGCGCCUCAGAGCGAUGCCCUCAGCCAGUACCCCCAGAGCGGUGCUCAGCACGGGCAGUCGCGCUUUGGCGGCAAUACGCCCGCUGAUUCGCAGAUCACUGGCACGCCCACGCCUGGUCAGGCCACCAGCCAGGCCCCGAGUGCCCCGACCACGCAGGCCCAGACUCACACUCAACCUCACGACUACGCUUACAGCAGCCACCCAUACUACCAGAAUCCGUACUAUUCCGCCUACAUGAACUACGGAGGCUACAAUCAGGGCGCUUACGGCGGCCCAUACGGCAAGGGCGGCUUGAACUACCAGCCGAGCCAGUACGGCAUCACCCCCCAGGGCCCUCAUGCGUACUCGUCCCCCGCGGGAGCGUUCGGCCAAUCUGCUUUGCAUCGGGAUAGCGGCGUCGGCCCCGGUCUGGGCGAUUACGGCCGCGCUGGCUCUACUCAGUCAGGCCAGCAGGGUCUUGGUAGCGGAUUCGGUGGUGUGCACGAGACGUUCGGCCGCGGCGGUUCCGCCUACCAGUCGCAAGCAGGACAGGCCUUCAACGCGCCCGGCUCGCAGCCCGGCUCUGUCCCGUCAGCCGCUGACGACCUGAAGCCGUUCGGCGAUGCCAAGGCUGCUGGCGGACCAAGCCCUUCGCUGGGUGCCGCCGCUCGCCCGGGCUCUGCCGCCAAUAACGGCCCGUCGCAAACCGGUCUUCCGCCUCCGCAGUCGAACCAACAGAGCAGCCUCGGCAUGGGCGGCUAUGGCUACCCCAGCCACAUGCAGGGCCACGGCCUCCACGGCAGCCAGUCGGGCGCCGCCGGCGGUUAUGGCAUGAGCGCUAGCGGCGGCCAGAGCCACCAGACCACGUACGGAGCCGGCUACGGCGCCCAGGGCUUUGGUGGCAGCUAUUACGGCAACCAGCCCCGGGGCUGGGGCAACAACUAUCACUAGGGAGAUGGCGGAGCUGGUCCCUGAGCCUUCAAGAGUCUGCUGAGUUUUGCUAGCUCGCGGGGAGACCAUUCUUUCCGCGGCGGGGAAGAAGAAAGAAAAGAAAGUUCGGUUGGAGGAUGAGUUCUAACACCCAAGAAUGGGAACGCCGGAUUUGUUACUUCCCAUACACCCGCGAAUUUUUUCGAGCCGUUGUGGUCAGUUCGCGCCUAGUUUGCGAGAAAAAAGCAAGCGAAGCUUUUUCCAUAGGCGCAGAAGAAAUCAAGUCGAUGAGCUUUGACGUGAAAACGGGCUCUAACCCCUCACUCACCAUCCUGGUUUUCCAUCUCCCUCUGGUUUCGGUGUACGAUUUUCCUCCAAAGGCAGUGGGCUUCAUGAAAUUCUGGGGAAUCUGAUAUGUGUCGUGUGAAUUGUGUCAACUGUUAUUAUGGUUGCC